AUGGUCCCCAGACAGCGUGUCGUUUCCGGCCGCCCCGAGAAGGGCUUCCUCAGCGCCACCUACGAGGAGGUCACCAACCCCGAGAACGCUACCCUUGUGAGAAGCGUUCUGGUCUUCGGCGCCGGCGUCGCUUUCCUCUACAGCAGCCUCGGCGAGCUCCUCCUCCCUCCGUAA